AUGUCACGAAGCGAUCUGGCGGAUUUAGUACGAUUGGCUACUGAAAUCAGCCAACACACGGAGAGAAAGGCGGCGCUUUGUGCGGCUAUUGCUAGCCGCAUAUCCGCCGGUCUUAGCUAUUCAGAUUUAUCGUGGUAUUUAACUCAGUGUGAGGAAUCACUUAAAUGUGCCAUCGACCAGAAAAAGUUGGUAUUGAAGUACAUGCGUGAGGCACGAAAGGAAAAUCAAUGA